AAGCUGGAUCAGUGUAUAGGGAGGGCAGUCAUCACGCCAUCCUGAGCAGCAGGAGCUGACGUUGGACGGAGCUGCCAGGUAGCUGAAAAAAGGCACAGAAAGCAGCUGAUACCAUUUUUCAGAAGUUUUUUUUUUUUUUUAGUCUGAAUCUGGACUUCAAGCAACACAGUGCCUGAGACAGAUCAUCUAAACCUCACUGUAUUGCAACACUCGCUCUUUCCAAAGAAAAAGACUCCACUGAGUAGCAGAAUGCUGCCAGUGCUGCAGCUAGGGCUACAAUACAGAGCCUUUCUGUAACAUUUUAACAUCUCCUUCUAUUCAUAUUACACAGAUACAUAUAUACACACACAUAUAAAAUCUUUCUUUUUUUGAGGGCACCUUUGGCUUUCCUUACCCUGAUGUGACUUUUUCUUCAUUGGAAUGAUGGGGAUCUUCCUGGGUUAUGUUGGAUUCAUUUUCUUUUCAGUUAUGUAUAUUCAACAAGGACUUUCUACCCAAGCAAAAUUCACUGAGUUCCCCCAAAAUGUCACGGCCACUGAAGGGCAGAAUGUGGAGAUGUCAUGUGCUUUCCAAAGUGGCUCCACUUCAGUGUACCUUGAAAUCCAGUGGUGGUUUCUGCGGACACCUGAGGACCAAGAGGCUGCAGCCGAGGUGACAGGCACUCAGGUACUAAUGCUCUCUAGAAAAAUACCCACUUUAAGCGAUGGCACCCUUGUUUCAACAGUGAAAGUACAAGGGAAUGACAUAUCCCACAAGCUGCAGAUUUCAAAAGUGAGAAAAAAGGAUGAAGGCUUGUACGAGUGCAGGGUGACAGAUGCUAACUACGGAGACCUUCAGGAAUACAAGGCCCAGGCAUUUCUCAAAGUCAAUGCUAAUAGCCACUCUCGGCGAAUGCAAGCCUUUGAGGCAUCUCCAAUGUGGUUGCAAGACAUGAAGCCUCGCAAAAACAUCUCAGCAGCUGUUCCUAGUAGCAUCCACAACUCUGCCAAUCAGCGUGUGCGUGCCACCUCCAGUCCUGAAUCGGCAGCCAAAAUCCCCAAACAAAGUCCACAAUCAGGUGCGAGGAUAGCUACAAGCCAUGGACUUUCUGUCCUGCUUCUUGUUUGUGGCUUUGUGAAGGGUGCUUUGCUUUAAUCUAAAAGUGCUGACUUUUUCCAAUAUCACUUUCUCUUCUUAAAGCAAAGAGCAAAUCGCCUGUAAAAUCCACGGAGCGGACAGCAAAGUUGACCCUAACCUCCAACCAUCACUCUGCACCCAAUGUACUCUAAAUCUCUACACAAGGAGCACCUUCUUCAGGAAGUACAAAAAAAUACUAAAUAAAUAAAUAUUAUAAAAUGAAGAGGAUACCACAUGUUUUCUUGAUAGAUCUUAUUUUCUUUGGCCUAUCAUUAAUCUUUCAUUUGAAGAGAACUGGUGUGAUGUAAUAGAAUGUUUUGUAAGAGCAAGACCUAGUUUCCUUUUCUCUUGGCAAGUAGAAGCCUCAUAUCCUUGACUUCUCAGGGGUUGACCUGCGAGUCAUCGGUAUUAUAAAAUUAACCAUGGAUGACAUUUAGUUUCCUACGCUGAAAGAAUCGUUCCAGCUGUGAAGCAAACAGAGGCCAAAUAAUGAAACAAAACAGAUUGAAUCAA